AUGGAAACCCUGUAUUUCAAAAGGGGACAUGUCACCUGGGCUGCACUGACUCUUGUGUUUGUUCUGGUCGGAUCUUUAUGCAUACAGAUAUUCAGCUACGCAUGGUUCAAAGAUGACAAGGAAAAUUAUGAAGAAGAUGACAAGGGUCUGUCCACUUGCCAUCUUAUCAUGUCUCUCUCUCUCUUUCUUUUUAUAGACAUUAGUAUGGCCGUGUCUUUUCUCACCAUAGCCUGGGCCACGGUGGAUUAUCGUCGCUGUUUUCGGCGCUCUCUACCUAACCUUAAAGAGAUGCCUUCUGGAAUCCCAACAGCCGUAUACUUGUCCUACAAAAUAUUUACCAUAACCCCACGAAUCCUCAGCCUCACGCUCUUCAUCAUGCUCUCCACCUUCAAUACUGUAGGAAUGGCCUGCAUAUGGCUUGUGGGAACCGUCUGGGCAUUCGUGGAGGAGACCGACUUCUGCACUUCACGAGUCGUUGAAUAUCUUUAUCGAACCAUUGUUGGAGUUAUUCUCCUUUUUACCUUCUUUAACAUUAAAGGAGAAAACGCCAAAGUCCACAUGACUGUGUAUUACAUUUUCAGUGUGGGUCAAAACCUUGCUGCACCCAUUUUGUUGUUUCUGCUCAAACCGGAAUCAGUAGGGACUGACUACUUCCUGCCCAUUAUAUUUUUUAUAUUAGUGUCUCAUUCAAUGGGACUGGGUUUUCUGGGACUCUAUUACAGCCUCCUGCACCCCCAUCAACCUUGCAGAGAGAAAAUCGCAGAUGAAAUAGAUGGAAUAGAUCAAGUAGAUGGGAUGAACCACGAGCCAAAAACAACACGUUUUGAGCGUUUCUUGCGAAUAUAAUAGUCUUGCUGAUAAGCUAAUGAACUUGAUUAACAAAAAGGUGCAUGUUUAUAUAUAUUUAUGUUGGAAUUGAUAAAGUAGCCUAUGAAGGAUUGGUGUUUAAACGUUAUAACACGUCUGAAAGCUGCUAAGGAAGGUAUGAUAUCUGAUUUUACAGGUAUGAAAUGUUGAACCUUAAAGGUUUCAUUGAACCUGUAAAAAUGAUAAGCUUUCAACUGCCAAUUUUUGUAUUUCGUUUAUUUCACCCUCUCCCAAUAGAGCUGUCCAGUUGAAUAAUGAUAGAACCUUUUUUUCCCCCUAGCAAAAGUGCUUGAAUGGCG